AUGACGUUCCCCGACCAUAAAGACACAUCCUUUAAUAAGAGACCCGCUGGACACGUCGAUCAGACUGAUGAUAAAUUCUUAUACUUCCCGUGGUCCCCCUCACCGCGUCAUGCACACCUGUUGUUCGAAGAUCUUUCGACGUUCACCCAAAAUAUGGCUCCCAAUGAAAAAAACAUGCGGGGUUCCGAGGAUAUUCCCUUGGAGGUUUUGGACCAGGAUCUGUCAGACCCUCCUAGACAGCCUACGAGUUCUCCAGAAGAGAGCUCUGUCGAUUCUCCGGGGCUUAGCCCUGUCACCUCUCCGGAACUGAGCAGUGUCAGUUCUCCAGAGCUUAGCUCUCUCAGUUCUGGAGAACUGAGCUCUGUCAGUUCAAAAGCUGUCUAUAGUGAUAGCGAAGAUGGUUUUAAUUGGUAUAAUCCUAGGGGCAUCCGAAAUUGGAGACGUGGAAUGCAUAUCCGGCGUGAAGAUAGUGAUGAGGAAGACGAAGCAAAUGGGAGCUUCGCUAAGCGUCGUGAGCCUUCCACCAGCUCAGAAGAGGAGGAGGAUGAAUUUAUGAGCGUCCGUGAAGGGAAAAGACCUGCGCCUAUCACCAAUCCUAUCGUGCCCAAUAGGAAAAGAAAUUUUGGUGAUAAGGCAGUUGGUAGCCGUGAGUCGUCUCCUGAGAAUUCCGAUGAGGGGUCCCGACCUGCAGAUAGUAUCUACAGAUUCGCAACUAGUCAUAUGGAUUACUGUAACGCAGAGCGUCUGGACUACGUCUACAUCUAUUACCGAGAUCCUCCGAGAUUCCUCGAUUUCGUCCACUUACUCUACGUAAAGCAUAGGGUGGAUGGGUUUAAAAGGAUCUACAGAGUCAAAGUUAUUUUGAAAGGGGAUUUUAUCAACUUUCGCGUUGGGAGGAUUAGUUGUCAAUAUGAAUGGGAAAAGAUCCUGAAGAUUAUGGACGAAGAAAAUCUGCAGGCCGAGGUGCUAUACCGCACAAAAGAGGAAGAGAGUGUAAUUCCGACAGAUUCCGUGUCCGAAGUGGCAAUUCCAGAAGCUGCCAUAUCCGAAGCCGUCAUAUCCAAGAUUACCAUGCCCGAAGUUACCAUUCCCAAAGCCUCCGUUCCCGAAGUCGAACAGACCGACAGGAGUCCAAUCUUAGUUACAAUAGACAAAUUUAUUGAGGAUACUGUCAAGGAGAUUGGCACGACUAAGGAGGCUAUUAGGAUCAAAGAGACCGCAGAUUCUGUCGAUCAAGGUUUCAAAAUGGUCAAAAAGCUCUUUCAACAUUCUAUCAAGGUGAUUGUCGGACAAGUAGGAGAGAAUGGCUUUGGUCAGACUGUCGACCAAAACAAUGACCAGGAUAUUCAGCAGGGUCCUAGGCGGAAUCUCAAGAGGAAUGCGGACCAGCUUGACGAGGAAAAUGUCGAGGAAGAUGUCAAGCAGAAUGUCGAGCAGGACAAGGCGGACGCAUCCGACAUUGACCACAUGGAGGUUGAUGAUAUUUGA